CUUUCCAAAAAACUUCUACCGAUCGUAAGUAAACUUCAAUUCUGAUAUUUUAAACUCGACUUUUCUAUCAUCGGUCUCUUUCGGUUAAAGGACACCCAUUGAUCUCGCCAUCCAACAUGUCGCGCCUUGUCCAUCUCUAUGUCUCCUUGAUCGCAUUCCUGCUUCUCGGACAGGCAACUGCGCAUUUCCUGAUGCACUUGCCGCCAAGUAUCGGUUUUGACGAUGAUCUUGAGGGAGAGGCUCCUUGCGGAAGCUUCACCGUUGAUUUCUCGACCGAUAACGUUACGAAUUAUUUCGUUGGAGGAGAUACCGUUGCCUUGACUUCUAUCCAUCCCCAAGCUACAUGGUUGUUCCGUGCAACUCUCGAUACCACUGCGUCCGGAAACUGGACGUCUCUACUCCCAGCCAUUCAACAGACCGGUCUUGGCGACUACUGCGAGCCUUUCGUGGCAGUUCCAGCUUCAUGGGCUGGAUCUAAAGGUGUCAUUGGCAUUGUACAAGAUGCUCCCGACGGAAUUCUCUACCAGUGUGCUGCUGUCAACUUCAUUACCGGUACUCAGACCUCGGUGCCAUCAAUCUGUGUGAACGGCACUGGUUUGACGGCAACAUUCACCGCAGAUGCUGUCCUGUCGAGUCUUCCUGCAAGCUUUACGUCUUCUGCCACCUCUUCAGCAACAUCUUCUGCCUCGACCGGCUCCUCGACGGCAAAGUCUUCUGCCAACACAAUCCACGUUUCUACAUACAGUGCGCGGGGGCCUUUGGCAUGGGUGACUGUUUGCUGGUCUGCCGCUCUUGUUGCAUACCUGUUGUAGGGGAUUGAAUAAGGAAGUACAUCUGAAGGGCGAGAGAUUAUGCUUCGAGGACUGAGAAUACUAAGGUGUUUCCCUGUUCGUGAGCUAAAGAGCGUCG